AUGAGGAGAGCUGUGCUGAAAGAAGCCGCCAAACGAUUCCCCUGGCUGGCCAAUGUCACUUUGUACGGGUGCUUAUUCGCCGGCGGUGACCUUGUCCAUCAGCUCAUUGCUCAGAAGGAGCGCUUGGACUGGAAACACACUCGAAACGUGGCCAUUGUGGCAAUCAGUUUCCAUGGAAACUUCAAUUACUUCUGGCUACGAGCCCUGGAGAGGCGGUUCCCGGGAAAGUCCGCCGGGAUGGUAUUCCGCAAACUCCUGCUGGACCAAAGCUUUGCGUCGCCUUUGGCCACCAGUGUCUUCUACACGGGGGUGAGCUUCUUGGAGGGGAAGGAGGAUAUCUUGGAAGACUGGAGAGAGAAGUUCUUCAACACCUGGAAGACUGGACUCAUGUACUGGCCAUUCAUGCAGUUCCUGAACUUUGUCCUGAUGCCGCUCUACAUGCGAACAGCCUUCAUGGGCUGCUGCGCCUUCCUCUGGGCCACCUUCCUCUGCUUCUCCCGGCAGAACGGCGAUGGCACUGCUGGCGUGGCUCUGGCCUUCGUCAUGGACCCCCGUAAGACGCUGGAGGAGAUGCGUGAGGCCCGACUGGCCCGGAAAAAGCAAAAGAUCCAGAGGGAAAACUAA